AGCAAACUAAGUGGUGCUAGCUAGCUUCUAUGUAUCCACAUUUGUAGUUAAGCUAUGGCUGGUGAAGUGGGAGGAAAGUUGAGUGUGGAAGUGGAACUGAAGGCCAAUGCCAAUAAGAUUUGGGAAGCCCUUAGGGACUUCAUCUACAUCUACCCUAAAGCCUUCCCCCACGACUACAAAAGCGUCCAGGUUCUCGAAGGCGAUGGCAUCGCCGUGGGUUCCGUCCGUUUGAUCAACUACGGCGAAGGAGGGUCUGAGCUGGUGAAAGUGUCAAAGGAGAGGAUAGUUGAGGUGGACCCACCAAACAAGACAUUUGUUUACAACAUCAUUGGAGGUGAUCUGCUGAAGUACUACAAGAGCUUCAAAGCCCAUGUGACAGUGGUGCCAAAGGAGAAGGAAGAAGAAGGAAGCUUGGUCCAAUGGGCCUGUGUCUAUGAGAAAGCCCAUGAUGAGAUUCCUGACCCAAGCCCCAUUAUGGACUUUGCUGAGAAGAACUUCAAAGAGCUUGAUGAGUACAUUGCCAAACAGGCCUAAUUAUGCUACUACAGGCCCACAUCACCCAUCCAAGUUGACAUCAUCAGUGUCUCAUGCACAGAUAUGAUUGGUCUCUGGUGGUGUUGACUUGGUGUCGUCUGUGAUGUUGGAGUAGCAUUUUUCAUAUUGAAGAAAGUUGUUGCAUUUAUGGGCCGGAUCGGAUUAUAUUGUCGUCGUCGUCGUUGUAGUUGUUGAUGUCGUCGUCGUCAUUGUUGUUGUUCUUAUCAUCAUCAUCAUCAUCUUUGCUUUCCCUGAAACGCGUGGGAUUUAAGUUUCAGCUGUAAUAAUGGUUAAAUAAGAAAGUAUGAAUUUGAUGUGUAUGUCGCCUCUUCUUGGUAUUUUCAAAGAUCAAAGUGAAUAAACUUGUAUUUUUAAUGCUACACUUUCAUCAUGAAACUAGAAGAACAAGAUAUGAAAAAAUUCUCCUACAACAU